GCUGGUUGUCAGGAAAAUAUGUCUUCCGUAUUUACAUCCGAAAAUUAGUAAUAUUAUUCAUGUACAUGAUGCGAUGGAUACUGAUUGUUGGAUUAGCACUGAUGGUAAACAACUAGAAGAGCCAAUACGUGCUUAUGGUUCAACUGGCUCCAAUUUAUCACCUGGUCCUAAAAUACGGGAACAUGAAGAUCUUGAUAUCCAACUUCAUGAUUUCAAAGGUACACAUUUAAAAGAACCAUUAAUAGGGGACAAUACUGCUACCGUUGUUACCGUAGACAGAAAAGUGGCAGUACGUCCCACAUCCCUGCACUCUUUGUUAAGUAGCCACUCUAGUGAUCGGCAUAGCGGAUACUCUGAAACAUCUUUCAACCAACAUGACAGCUGGAUCAGACACCCAAAAGUGAAAGAAAACUGGAAGAUAGUUCUAGCCUCAGCCUUCCUGUCACUACUAGGGAUAGCAUUGAUCUUUACUGGACUAGGUGUUGCGCUCACUCAUGCUCGAGGUUACCACUGCCUGAUCUUUGGAAUUAUUGGAUUACUCUGUGUUAUUCCUGGGGGCUACCAUUUUGUCUACAUUUACUGUGCUGCUCUUGGCCGCCCGGGUUACGCUUUUGAAAAUCUGCCAGUCCUGCGCUAAAUCUAUCAGAUUUCAGCACUAGAAUGAACAUUUUUUUGGUCAGCACAUUAGCAUUACAUGUAAAUUAACUUAUUGAUAGAAUGGUAAAAAGCUGCACAGGAAAAGGGAAAAACAAAAAUAAAGUUGUUCAAGUAAAUGUGGAAAGAACUGAUUAAAAGGUAAAUUUGUAAUGUGGAAUGAACUGGUAAAUAGUUGCACUUGGAAUACUAGAAAAGACUUGUUAAAAAGUUGCACAGGAAAAAAGGAAAAGGGCAGUUCAAAAGCUGUACAGGAAAUAUGAAAAGGAUUGGUUAAGAUGACACAGGCUGCGUUUUUCUUGUCUGUACGCAGCUAAUGUAUUUUCAUGGGAUGGUUUUUGAAUAAUUUGUAUUGACUGAAUAAUACGAGCAUUAUGGAUGUUCUUCCAGUCUCUCUAUUCCACUAACUUAUUGAUGGCGCUUAAACAGUUGCUCAAGCAGAAUUUGUGAUUCACAUCCCUCCCCUUUUUUUUGCACCUGUUAUCAAGCAUGCACCAAAGCAUUUGACUUGUGCAUUGUAUACAGUAGGUGUCGUUUUAUUAAACAUUGUUGACAUGCACAUGAAUAGCUUUACAAUUUUCUAUAGAGCUCACCUUUAGUUUUCUAUGUGGAAACUAGAUGUAGUCAUUAAAAAUAUAUCAGUUAUUAUUAAAUAGAUUUUGUUUUAAAAGCAUUUUUUUACUCUGAUUUACAAUAUUUGAUAAAAACUAAUCACAGGCUAUUUUGCUACAUAUCAGCUAUUUUAUUAAAUUGUUUUAAAUUUAAUUAGUAAAGCUUGAAUGUACAAACUACUUAAAACGUUCCAUUAUAAAAUCACUUUUUUGAUAAAAAAUGACUUACCUGAAAUGUAAUGAAUCUAAUACUUUAUUGGAUACUACAAGAUCAAAAUAUUUUAUCAUUUCUUUGUCAGGGAAAUUUUUUAUCAUGAUUUUUUUCCAUUAUUUUAAAGAUCUGCUAUAAUCAUUAAUCUUGGUAUUUACAG